ACGCUCCUUUACUUUUUGUGCGUGUCACCGGUACUGAGCGAAAAAAAUAUAGGCAAAGUAAAUUCAGUUAGUAGAUAAAGCAAUGAAGACGCCAUGUUUGAUGCCUGGAUGUUCUAAAAUUAGUAAACUUUUCCGGUUGAAGUCGAGUGACUUUGAGAAUGAAGCGCUGGAGGUCCACAAUGAAUAUCGACGCGAGCACGGCGUAUCACCUUUAGUUCUUAACAAGGACAUCUGCAAAGUCAGCCAGAAAUGGGCAGAAGAACUAGCCAAGAGAGACACUAUGUCCUACAGCCUGAACCCUGACUUCGGAGAAAGCGUCUAUUGCGGCUGGUCCACAGAUCCCAACGUUAAAAUUAAAGCCCGCGAUUGUGUAGAACGAUGGUACAACGAGAUCAACGAUUAUUCCUUUGGCAAAGAGCCUGAAGUACUCAACUGUGGUCACUUUACACAAAUCGUCUGGAAGAGCACGAAGGAGCUCGGAAUUGGAAGUGCUAAGAGUAAAUCAGGCAAAUUGUACGUCGUUGCAAAUUAUUAUCCACCGGGCAAUUUUGGUGGACAGUUUGUUAAGAACGUUCUACCUCCGGGCGCUCUUCAAUUUAAAAGCACUUCCAGUCUCAGUACGUCUAGUUCUCCAAGAGAAUCUAAUAACAAUUUAGCACCACCUUCACCACAAAGAUGCAGUAAAAACUUGAGUGAUUACGCAUCGGAAUUAGUCACUAAAUUCAAAUCAACAUCCAUCUCAACAGAAAAAUUCGAAGAUGAAUUUCUCAAAGCUCACAACGAGUACAGAAGUAAACACAGAGCUCCUCCGCUCGAGCUGAAUAAGAAACUCUGUAAAUACGCAGAGGAAUGGGCGAAAACCAUCUCAAAGAACGGAAGAGUAGAACAUAGGGAUCAAAAUGAGUAUGGAGAAAACAUUUUUUACGCUUGGUCGUCCGAUCCCAACUUCACUUUAACCGGUAGGGAUCCAGUUGACAAAUGGUAUAGUGAAAUAAAGAACCACGAGUUUGGCAAGGAGCCAGAUAAUUUGGGCUCAGGCCAUUUUUCACAGGUAGUAUGGGAAGAUACUAUGGAAGUGGGUGUAGGCGUUGCUAAAACAAAAGAGGGCCAGGUGUACGUUGUGGCCUACUACGACCCCCCUGGGAAUGUUCUUGGCAGCUUUGCAGAAAAAGUACGACCGCCUGCUUAUUUUUAGCUUAGACUAGAUCCUACCAAAGGUGAACAUUCCAAAGAAUUGUAUCUUUUAUUUAAAUGUAAUAUUUAUAAUGUACUAUUUUACAUGAGAUUGUAUUAGUGUGUAAUUUUAUGUGUAGUUAUAAUAUUAAGGAACAUUGAAAUGAUUUUUGAAAGUUUUUAAAUGGUAAGGUAUUUUUAUAAACACAUGCAUUAAACU